AUGGGAUUGUUCAACGUCACCCGUCCUGAAUCCUUCCUCCUGACUGGUAUUCCGGGUCUGGAGAGCUCUCAGUUCUGGUUCGCAGGGCCGCUCUGUGUCAUGUAUGCUGUGGCUCUCGGAGGCAACACGGUGAUCCUUCAGGCUGUGCGAGUGGAGCCCAGCCUCCAUGAGCCCAUGUACUACUUCCUGUCCAUGCUGUCCCUCAGUGAUGUGGCCAUGUCCAUAGCCACACUGCCAACUGUGCUCAGGACUUUCUGCUUCAAUGCCCGCAACAUUGCUUUUGAUGCCUGUCUUGUACAGAUGUUUCUUAUUCAUUCCUUUUCCAUGAUGGAGUCAGGUAUUCUACUGGCCAUGAGCUUUGACCGCUAUGUGGCCAUUUGUAAUCCCCUGCACUAUGCAACUGUGCUCACCAAUGGAGUCAUCACUGGCAUGGGUUUAGCUGUGACAGUCCGGAGCUUCAUCACCCUCUUUCCUCUUCCCUUUCUCAUUAAGAGGCUGCCUAUCUGCAGAUCCAAUGUUCUUUCCCACUCCUACUGCCUACACCCGGAUAUGAUGAAACUUGCCUGUGCUGAUAUCACUAUCAACAGUAUCUAUGGAUUAUUUGUGCUUAUCUCAACCUUUGGCAUGGACUUGAUUUUUAUCGUCCUCUCCUAUGUGCUCAUCCUACGUUCUGUCCUGGCCAUUGCUUCUCGUGAGGAACGCCUAAAAGCUCUCAACACCUGUGUCUCACACAUCCUAGCUGUACUUGCAUUUUAUGUGCCAAUGAUUGGGGUCUCCACAGUGCACCGUUUUGGGAAGAAUGCCCCACGCUAUAUACAUGUUCUCAUGUCUAAUGUGUACCUCUUUGUACCUCCUGUACUCAACCCUCUCAUUUACAGCGCCAAAACAAAAGAGAUUCGCCGAGCCAUUGUCCGCAUGUUUCGACGUAUCAAAAUGUGA